UAAGUAUUACAGUGUUGCCAUAUUUUUAUAUAAUGUGAACAGUAGCAUAACAGUUUAUAAUGGUUAUAUUAGAUUAGAGUGUUUGUUAGAGUAUAUUGUUAAUUAAUUGGUAAGAACGAUGGCUUCCUUGGUUGCAGAUUAUGGAACUUCCUCAAGCUCAGAAAGUAAUAGUGAUGAUAUUUCGGAUGAUGCCGAUAACACUUUUAAGGAAGAGGAAGAAGAAGAUGAUGAGGAAGAAGAAAAUAAUGAAAACAAUGAAAUAUGUAAAAAAGCUUCCAAAGAAAAACUUCCAUUACCAACUCCAGAUUUUAAUGGCAUACCUACAAUGAAAACUUCAGUCUUCUCAAAUCCAUUUGUUGAAGCAGAAAAAGCAAAAAGUGCAAUUCUUGAAAAGCAUGUGAAAAUGACUCCAACUCUUGAUGAUACAAAAAUGAUAAAUGGUAAAAAAAUUUGUUGGAAUUAUAGGAAAGGUAGAUGCCGAUUUGGACAUAAUUGUACUUUUGCACAUGAUUCUGAUUUACAUCGUACAGCAACUGAAUUAGAAACAAUUAGAACACCACAAGAAACAAUUAUUUGUCAAACUCCUUAUAAUGGUCAAGUUUCCAUUAAUGAUGAUGAUGAGAUAGAUCAAGAAAAUAAUCAAAUGAAUAGGCGUAAGAAGAGGCCAGGAUUAAGUCAAUCUUUAAUACCAAGCAAGAAAGUUUUAAAAAUGUACAAAGCACAACAAGCUAAAGCUAUUAGUAGGUAAAUGUAACUAUAUCAAAUAUAUAUAAGUAAUGUUAACAUAUAAUUAGCUGCUAUGAAAUAGAAACAACUUAUAACUUUUAAAACUUAAAUGAAUUCAUACAAGUGGAAUUGAUUAUAAGCUGCAUAAAAAAUAAUAAUCAAAAAGCAUUAAAAUGCUUUAUAAACAAAAGAACAAACUAAGAAAUUAAUCAUUUCUUUAUAUAUGAAUAAAAAAAUUAAAAAAUAAAUAAAUAAAAUGAAAUGAAAAUAUAUGCUUCCAAAUAAAAUUUUGCAGAGAACAAUAUACAUGCAGAUUAUGCCUAUUUCAAAAUUCAUGAAAGUUUCAAGAUUAUUUAAAUAUUCAAUAUUCAAUAUUUCUAAAAAAAGUGUUCGUUAUGUAUAUAAAGAAUAGAAUUUAAUUGUAUAAUUAAUACUUCCAGGGACCUGUAUAAGUGAAUCAUAAUUCAUUAUGUCUUGCAUGCAAAUAGUUUUAUAAAUAUAUUUCUAUUUAUAUUUGGUAUUCUUAACUUGUCCAUGAAAACAUGUCUUCUUAUAUUUUGUUAUGUAAUUUAAUUAUAUGUUUAUAUGUCUCUCUUUUAUUAAAAAGAGACAAUUAUUUAAAAAUUUUCCUUCAGAAUCCUUCAUUAGAAUUCUGAAGAAUUUAUAAGUAG